UUCAAAAGGGGUUGCCCUCUUUCUCCCAUCAAAAGUCCUCAACCAAACCCCACUUCUCCAAAACUGAAACAAACAAAAAUACCUAUAGUGAUCUCUUUCUCUUAUUCGAUUUGAAUCACUGAAAUGGUUACUACACAUCAACAUUAUUGGAUGAAAAGGUUAUCAAUAAACCCACAAGCUCUUCUUCUUCUGUUCUUCUGCUUCUUCUUCAUUCACCAUUGCGACGCCUCGAGAGCCUUGUCACCAUCAAGCGUUUUCUACAUAAUCCCUAAUGAUGAUCACAACAAAAACACUAUGAGGAGAGACCAUUUCUUUGGAAUCUUGCCAAGACACUUACCUGUUCCGGCUUCUGGUCCUUCACGAAAACACAACGACAUUGGUCUACAAGCAUUGUUGUCUCCAUGAUCAUGCUUACUCACUCUCUCUCUGUCUCUCUAGUGUAGUUUAUAUAAUGUAUUGUAAUGCAUGAACUUACACAAAACAAGAGUAGAAAACCAUUCAUCGCUCUCUGAUGUUUGAUUUGACAUGUACACUGUUCAGAUGUUUGACCUCUUUUUAAUUGUUUCUUGAUCUCUUGGUUAUUUUUUAUUUUAUUUUUUUUUGCUAAAAGUCUUGGUUAUUUUUUUUGGGGUGUUGCAUUGCAUGUAACUUCUUUAGAGUAUAAGUGAAAAUAAUGUACUGGUUAGGAUGGGUUUUGUUACUUUACUCCCUUUUUUUCUUUUUCUUUUUCUUUUGUAUAUGUAAUUAAAGUUUGCGAGAUGAGAUGAUGCAACUUCCGUUUCUUCAAUGCGUGAUUUAACAUCUUUAAUUACGUUUCACCUUGUUAAUUAUUUCAUUUAUUUCUAAUAAUAUAUCAAAGCCGUUGAUAAUUUCAUUUCGUAAAGUUUAAUUUGAUAAAAAUGAAAUACAACAACUUCAUUACCUUUUACAGAACACCGUGGGUCAUCUUUUACUCGUUCAACCAAUGAGCUAUGAAAAGAAUAAAAAUGUCUUCUCAAAGGUUUAAAUCUUGGAUAAAGAAUCUAGUAUUUAAUUAUAG